AUGGGUGACUGGAGCUUUCUGGGUAAUAUUUUAGAGGAAGUUAACGAGCACUCUACGGUGAUCGGCCGAGUGUGGCUCACGGUGCUCUUCAUCUUCCGUAUCCUCAUCCUGGGAACAGCGGCGGAGUUCGUGUGGGGCGAUGAGCAGUCUGACUAUGUCUGCAACACACAGCAACCUGGAUGUGAGAAUGUGUGCUAUGAUGAGGCCUUCCCCAUCUCUCACAUUCGCCUCUGGGUGCUGCAGAUCAUCUUUGUGUCCACACCUUCUCUGGUAUACGUGGGCCAUGCUGUGCACCAUGUCCACAUGGAGGAGAAACGUAAAGAGCGCGAGGAGGCAGAACUUAGCCGGCAGCAGGAGCUGAGUGAGGAGCGUCUCCCUCUGGCACCCGACCAGGGAAGUGUCCGCACCACUAAGGAGACCAGUACAAAAGGAAGCAAGAAGUUCCGUCUGGAGGGCACCCUGCUGAGGACCUACAUCUGCCACAUCAUCUUCAAGACACUGUUUGAGGUGGGUUUCGUGGUGGGCCAGUACUUCCUUUACGGCUUCCGCAUCCUGCCGCUGUACAAAUGCAGCCGCUGGCCCUGCCCCAACACGGUGGACUGCUUUGUGUCCCGCCCCACGGAGAAGACCGUCUUCAUCAUCUUCAUGUUGGCUGUGGCCUGUGUCUCACUCUUCCUCAACUUUGUGGAGAUCAGUCACCUCGGCCUUAAGAAGAUUCGCUUUGUCUUUCGUAAGCCAGCCCCAGCCCCAGCCCCAGCCCAAGGUGAGGGGUCGGCCCCCUUGCCGCCACAAGGGAAGAGCCUGCCCCCCCUGGCUGUGCCCUCACUGCAGAGAGUGAAAGGUUACAGGCUGCUGGAGGAGGAGAAAGCUUCCCCUGUACCUCACCUCUACCCACUGGCUGAGGUGGGUAUGGAGGCUGGCAGAGGGGCCCCACCCUUCCAGGAACUGGAGGAGAAGGCGGAGGAGGUGCUGCCCAUGGAGGACAUCUCUAAGGUGUAUGACGAGACUCUGCCGUCUUACGCCCAGACCACCGAGUCACCGGGGGUGACAUUACACGAGGAGGCAGAGGAGAUGCAGCCAGUAGAGGCGGAGGCAGAGAGGGUGGAGGAGGCUGUGGAUGAGGAGGUGGAGGUAGAGGAGGCAGUGAACAGGGAGAGUGUAACUCCAGUGGAGGCAGUGAUGGAGGCCACAGAUACAAUAGAAGACACCAGACCGCUGAGCCGACUGAGCAAAGCCAGCAGCAGGGCCAGGUCAGACGAUCUCACCGUAUGA